AUGCGUUUCUCAGCAGUCGGAGCCUCCCUUCUCCUCGCAGGAGCCGCCAGGGCUUUCCGCGAUACCUCCCCGCUCCUCGUCUGGUCCUCAACAGACAGUAACGACGAGAUCCGUGAGGCCGCCUCCGAGGUCUCGUCUGGUGUCGUCUCCGCCGACGGCAUCUUCCACUCUCUCCACAGCCUGGGCUGCGACUGGGACACUGCCGUCGUCGCGCACGUCGAUGAGCAGCUCCACGAGUCGCACCUCGACAAGCUCGCCGGACCGUACGCCACGGCCAAGGCUGACCUGCACAUCCCCUACCUCGUCAAGCCUGAGCGCGAGUCGCUGAACGAGGCGAUCGACAUGUGGGCCCACCGCUGCGGUGCCGACCUGGCCGACUCGUACAAGGCGAACGGCGGCCGUACUCUCCUGACAACAGACGUCUCCAUUCCCUCCGACCUGCCUGAGCGCCACAUCGUGAUUGUGACGGGCACGCGCGACCCUUCACUGGCCAAGGGCGAGCGCGAGAUCGAGACGAGCGAGACGGGGUCGUACGCCCAGCGUCCGACCGUGGAGGAGGUCGAGACGGCGGCCAAGAACCGCACCGGCGGAGAUGACGACGACGCCCCGCCCGCGAUGUACUUCACCGCGCCGCUCCUGACGGGCCUGCUCAUCUUCUUCGGUAUCCUCACCCCCAUCUGCAUCGUCUCUAUCAGGAUGCUCUCGGGCGUCCAGGUCCCGCCCCGCAUCAUGGAGAUUGGAAAGGUCAAGGCCGUCACGAAGGACCGCAAGGACCAGUAG